AUGAUUUUUGAAUUUUUCAUUGUUUUUUCAUGGUGUGCGGUCUUUGGAAUUGAUCUUGGAGACUGUUAUACUAAAGUUUCCACUGCUUCUCAGCGGCAUCUAGUCCUCCAAGCAAUGAACUCCUACUCCAAAUUCCUUAAUCCAACAAUUAUUUCGAUCUGGAACACUUCGAAUCCAAAACAUGCACAGUCAUAUGAUGAGAAACAUGCGUUAGAUUACAAUUGGGGUGUGGCUGAUAUUGUUAGAAUGAGAUGCUUAAGAUAUCCAGAAACAUGCAUCAGAGGAAUCCCAAUUUUACAAAAUUCUACUUUUGCUGGAGAUGAUAUUGAGACAUUUUCAGCAAUUUAUCUCAAGAGCAUUUUCGAAUCAGUAAAUCAUGCAGAAGAUCUUCAUGAAUCCGUUCAGAAUGUAAUUUCUAUACCACAUUCUUUUGGAACUUCUGAGAAAUUACUAUUGCAAAAAGCAGUUAGUCUUACAAACCUUUCUGUCACAAAAUUUGUUUAUCAUCAAUCUGCAAUAGCAAAACUAUACGGAAUAGAACGAUCAAACACAUUUGCAGAUAAGGAAUUAUAUACUGCUUUUGUUGAUAUUGGCUCCAAAGGAACAAGAAUUUCGAUUUACAAGUUUAAUAGUGACAACCAAUCAAUAAACAUUGAAGAAAUUGCCUUUGCCGCCAACGAAAAUGUUGGUGGAAAUGCAAUUGAUCAGAAAUUAAUCGAUAAAAUUGUUAAAAAUCAUAAAAUAAAAUUUUCGAAGCCAAAACAUUAUUAUUUCCUUCUCGAUGAAGUCAAGAAAGCCAAAGAGAUGCUUACUCUCCACGACAAACAGACAUUCAAGUUCGAACAAGAAGAAAACAAGCCAAUAAUGAUCACAAUUACUAGAAACGAUCUCAAAGAAGCUUCAAAAGAACUUAUUGACGUCAUCAACCAAUUAUCAGAUAAAGUACUCAAAGAAUGUCCGGUCAAAGUCAACACAGUCGAGUUUGUCGGAGGAAGUACGAGAUUAUUCUUCCUUCCCGACAUAAUAAAGCCGAAGUUCGACGUGGAUAGGAUCUCCCACUCCCUAAAUGCAGAUGCCGCAAUCUCCAUGGGCGUCACUUACUUCGCCGCGAUCCUCUUUAGCGAAUUUUCAGUGAAAAAAGUGAAUUUCACUGAAAAAAUCCGAAAUUCAUUCGAAAUCAGGGUCAGAGACAAGGAGUACAAGAUAUUUGGAGAGGGUACAACGCAGAGAACUGUUCCACACAUACGUUGCCGAAUAACAAAGAACGAUUUGAUCAAAAUUUCGAGUAAUGGCAGUGAUUUCCUUGGAUUCACAGUUGAUGUGCCGGAAGAGAUGGUUGUAGACCUGUCAUUCGUGAUGGGCCACUACCUGCUGCCUAUUCCGUUCAAAGCUGUCUCAGGAGAAGGAAAAGAGUUCGAGAUUUCAAUAAUUAAACACAAAGUUGACAGAAAAAGGUAUGAUUCACUCAUCAGAUCGGCAGUGAUAAGGAAGAUGAGGGAAAAGGCAAGAAAUGAUUUGGAGACACAGCUCUUCAAAGUAAAAAAUUUCUUGGAGAAAAAUAAAAAUCAAAAAAUUGAAAAUGCCUACAAAAAAGUUACAGAGUGGCUCGAAACAGUUGAUCAGAGAACAUCGGCAAACACAAUAAACAGAGUUUUGCAGUCUCUGAACAACGAAACACUCGGAUUAAUGAAUUUCAUUGAUCCUACUCACGACAGAACUAUUUAG